AUGGAACUGGAAACAUAUGUAAAAGAUAAACAAUGCCCUAGAACAAGAUUACAUAAAAAAUUGUUGGAAUAUAAAAAUCUUACUGCAAAUCAACCUGAUCAUAUGUAUUGGAUUCUGUUUCAGGUUGGAAUUUUUGACGAGGAAAUAUUAAGACAUGACGUUUCAACAAUCACUACAGCUUUCAAUAAUCCAAAGCAAAGCAUAUUCUUAAAUAUAACUGUAAAAGAUGAACUGGCUCAAUUAGUUGUCGAAGCAAUUAUUUCAAAAAAAUUGCUAGCUGACAGAAAUUAUGUAAUCGGUGACUUCGUUUCACAUACCUAUUUAGGUCAUGUGUAUCAAGUAGUCAAUCACGGCGCAUUAUUUGAUGAAAAUAUGCCUGCAGAAAUUGGUGAAUUCGAAACAUCAAAUAAAUUACGCUUAUCUGGAAUUGUUUCCGCCAGGCCACUUCCAAGAAUAUUAUAUCCGGGUUGUAGUAUUUUCUUCCACAAUCUCGGAAUUGAAAUAUCGUUCCAACAUGAAGCAAUAAUCUACAAAUUGCUAAAUCAUCAUAAACGGAUACCUUUAAAAGAUUGGGUACGCGAUUAUAUCCGUCAGAAACAAGAAAAUUUAUAA